GUAAGAGCAAAUAGUUGACUUCUCCACUAACUGAAUUCAGCAGACCUCGACACAAUGGAUCACAUGGUCGGAGCAUACGGUGCGAUAACAGACGCCACGAAGGAAACUCAGGAUCUGUGUGAUCAGGUGAAGUCUAAUGUGGAGAACAAGACAACAAAGAAGUAUCAGGAAUAUAAAGCAGUUAAAUACAGGAAUCAUUUUGUCGGUCGGCUUGUGACAGGAACCAUAUACCUUAUCAAGGUUCAUGUUGGAGGAGAUGACUACAUUCAUCUGAUCAUCUUCCAACAUCUUCUACCUAACACAGGAAAGGUGUCUCUGACUAAUGUAAAGAGUCCUCAGACCAAAGACAGCCCCCUCCAACCUUUUUAGAAACUGAUCCCAGAACCAGUCUCACCAGUAAAAUCCUUAAUGGCUGCAGUCUCA